GUGAUUUAUUUAUUUUUUAAAUAUCCCUCCUGCCGUUGAGCGUGUCCGUGGCGCAGUGUGGCAGGGUGUGCGGAUCAGGCAAAAAGUGUAGGUGCCGGCAGUGUGCAGGGCAGCCCUGUGUGGGGUCCUGCGGGAAGGACCCUUGUGUGUGAGCGCUUCCUGUUUCCCACUCGGCUUCCCCGCGGGCUGUGAAUGAACAAAUUCGGAACGGAGGAAAAACCCAGCAGGAUGUCUCCAGAAGUCACCCUGAACAGGAUCUCUCCGGCGCUGUCCCCGUUCAUCUCCAGCGUGGUCCGGAAUGGAAAGAUAGGUCUGGACUCCACGAGCUGUUUGAGGAUUACUGACCUGAAGUCGGGGUGCACGUCGCUGACCCCAGGGCCGAGCUGCGACCGCUUUAAACUUCACAUACCCUACGCCGGAGAGACCCUGAAAUGGGAUAUUAUAUUUAACGCAAAUUAUCCAGAGCUGCCCCCAGACUUUAUCUUUGGAGAAGACGCAGAAUUCCUGCCGGAUCCGUCCGCUCUCCCCAGUUUGGCCGCAUGGAACCCCUCAGACCCCGAAUGCCUCCUGUUGACGGUGAAGGAGCUGGUCCAGCAGUACCACCAGUACCAGUGCAGCCGGCUCAGCGAAAGCUCGCGUCUCAUGUUCGAAUACCAGACCUUGCUGGAGGAGCCUCAGUACGGCGAGAGCAUGGAGAUCUACGCUGGGAAAAAGAACAGCUGGACGGGGGAAUUCUCCGCUCGCUUCCUCUUAAAGCUGCCGGUGGAUUUCAGUAACAUCCCCAUCUAUCUCCUCAAGGACUCCAACGAGGAUCCGGGGGAAGACGUCGCUCUCCUCUCCGUCAGUUUCGAGGAUGCCGAAGCCACUCAGAUUUUCCCCAAACUCUACCUGUCGCCCCGAAUAGAGCAUGCACUCGGAGGAUCCUCAGCGCUUCAUAUACCAGCAUUUCCUGGCGGCGGAUGCCUUAUAGACUACGUCCCUCAGGUCUGCCAGCUGCUAACAAAUAAGGUGCAGUAUGUGAUCCAGGGGUACCACAAGAGACGGGAAUACAUCGCUGCCUUCCUGAGUCACUUUGGAACCGGGGUGGUGGAGUACGACGCUGAAGGCUUCACAAAGCUCACGCUGCUGCUGACGUGGAAAGACUUCUGCUUCCUGGUUCACAUUGAUCUUCCCCUUUAUUUCCCGCGCGAUCAGCCAACCCUGACUUUUCAGUCCGUCUAUCACUUCACAAACAGCGGGCAACUCUACUCCCAGGUCCAGAAGAGCUACCCUUACAGCCCACGCUGGGACGGCAACGAGAUGGCCAAGCGAGCAAAGGCUCAUUUCAGAAGUUUUGUUCCCCAGUUCCAGGAAGCCGCUUUCGCCAACGGCAAGUUAUAGAGACGACGCGAUCGAUGAGGUCACCAAUGCCAGGUUAACCAAUCGUGACGGAUGAACGCGCGUGGCGACGGUGCCCUGCGCUGGAGGGGCUGCACAGUGCGAGUUUAUUAACCAUUGGUUGCCGGAAGAGUGACAGAUGAAUUGUUUCUCACUCCGGCACUCAAACGGUUAAACGUCAUUCAGCUUCUGGACGGACAGUUUUUGUGGACAUUCUGCUGCCUUUCCCCAUUUUUAUUUUUUCCCCCCCAAGACCGUCCUCUGGAUUUGUUCUGCAAUCGAUAUUAACCGCCAAAGCCUUUCCUACGCGGGCAGAACCGCUAAACGGCGCGCAAACUCGGAAGAGAACUGCACUUGGAUUAAACUUCAUUUAAGUUUGGAAUGUUUUUUGUCUUAAAUCACUUUAAAGAAUUUGUGUAAAACUUGUUUCUGUGAAAGAGAUCAGGAAUGCUGUAAAUACGCGAUAAAUACCGUUUUCACUGCAAACGCAAAUAAAUGUUUGUUACAUUG